AUGGAUUUAGCGGAGCAAAGCGUUCAAAACUCAAGUUUCAACGCGUCUUCAUCGCAAGAGAAGCUCGUUGAUUUUAGACGUUUUGAUAUACAAACUUUAGAUAUUCUAUUUGGUUCGCUGUACGCUUUCAUUGUCUGUGUUGGUGUUGUUGGGAACUGUUUGGUACUCGCUGUAGUAAAAAGGACCUCGUCGAUGCACAGCACUACCAACUAUCUCCUCGUUAACCUGGCAGUUGCGGAUAUUAUAACUCUUUUAUGGAAUCCCAGGACGUACAGUUUCGCGUUUUACUCUUCUCAUCCAAGAGGAACAUUGGGUGACUACCUAUGUAAGCUUUUCACUGGCAAUGGAAUAAUUGGUGUAGCCAUUGGUGCUUCCGUACUGACUUUGUCUACCAUCGCUGUAGAAAGAUACCACGCUCUUGUCAAGCCUUUAACAGCAGGAAAACUAAAAAUACAGUUUGAAAACGUAAGAUAUGUCAUUGCUGGGAUUUGGUCGAUCGCUCUUCUUAUUAACCUUCCAGAUUUUGUAGCGAAUCGCUUUGACGCUAAGUAUGGUCGGUGCAUCUGCCCGUACAGUUUAGAAUCCAUCACGGACUUUCGAGCACAUGUUCUUUGUACUGUAUUUUUCCUUGGAGGCUUUCCACUCCUGAUCUUAGGGUUUUGCUAUUUCCAGAUUAUUAAAGGUAUUUUCUUCGAGAAGACAAUUAUGGGGCAAGCACAGGGACAAGAGGACGACAAGUCAAAAAGAAAGCUAGCCAAGUUACUUCUCUCCGUAACGAUGGCAUUUUACACCUGCUAUCUUCCAUAUGGAAUAUUUAUGUCAUUCCUUACUCUAUCAAAACGAAAAACACUGAUAGAAAAUCAAAACUCGUACACAAUUUUGCUUAAAACAGUCGAGUUUUUAGUAACAUUUUCAUCGUUCUUAAACCCGGUUUUGUACGCCUUUCAAAGCUCCAACUAUCGAAAUGGCUUCGUUAAGAUUUGUCGAUUCAAGAGGUCUGUUUUACCGGCCAAGGAAAACUCUGUUACAUUCAACAUCAGGGAUUUCAAUGAAAAACAAAAUAAGAUUUUUAGGAUGGCAGAACCUCGAUUAAGUUUGAAAAUUCCUAAUUUAAGUGAAGAAUGCUAA